AAAGAUUUAGUUAUAAAAGCACAAAUUUUAAUAAAUUUGAGAGACUAAGAAGGGUGAAGCAGAAUAAUAAUGGAGAUGUCAUCACCCUCAAUGAAGAGAGAAGAAGCUGAUGAUAAGAGAAGAAUCCCUCUUUACAACCCAUGUUAUUUACUUGAAGAAGCACUCAAUGCUCUUCUCAAGUGUCUUGGUUUUGAGACUACUACUGCUGCUGCUGCUGAAAACAAGAAAAAAGAGGAGAAAAAUGUUCAUCUGAAACCUCAUUCAGAUGCAGAUCUUGGCGAUGAUGAUGAUAUUUCAACCCUACGAAUCUGUGAGUGUGAUACCAACAUGAAGGCAAGUUACCAACAAGAUGAAGAUCCACCUUCUUCAACUUCUCAAGAUGACAUUACUACUGAUUCAAGUUUGGCUGCAAGGCGGCGGCCUGUUGGCGAUGGAAGGCCGGGACUUAGCGGUGGCUCAGGUCCCCAGCAUAAUUAAUGUGUUACAAAUUUAUUUAAUUAAGUUAGCUAUUUUAAUUAGUUUUCAAUUUUCAUAUAGUAUAGUUUUGUGAUAUGACCUUUAAUUUCAUUUUCUAUAUUUUCCUUCUUCUUCUUCUUUGUUUAAAGACAUGGUUAGUUGUACAUGGGGUGUAAUUAAUAUUGUUGACUAGUUAUGCCGUGCAUAUGCAGUAACCCUGGCCUGUAAUAUUUGAGUACAUUAAAUACUUUAAUAUAUGAUAUGGCGAGUUUGUGAAAGUA